UUUUGGUUACAUACAGUGCAGUAGAGACAAAAGUGAGCAGUCUGGUCUGUUCCUGAAGUGUUUUUACUGAAAUAAACGCUUGAAAAGUCGGAAAUAUGUCGGCGGUUUGUGUUGCUUUGAGUCGAAAUGUUUUGGCUAUUAGGAAUUGUGGCUCUAUGGUGAUGGUGCGGUAUGCACAGACUGCUGCUGCCCCGGCUCCUGAACCCAGGAUCAAGAAGUUCCAGAUUUACCGCUGGGACCCCGACACUGCAGGAGACAAACCACGGAUGCAGACUUAUGAAAUUGACCUCAACAACUGUGGUCCAAUGGUUCUGGAUGCUCUCAUUAAGAUCAAGAAUGAGAUGGACCCUACGCUCACAUUCAGACGCUCCUGCAGAGAGGGUAUUUGCGGCUCAUGUGCAAUGAACAUAAACGGAGGAAACACACUGGCAUGUUUGAACAAAAUUGACAGCAACACAAGCAAACCGACUAAAAUCUACCCACUCCCACACAUGUAUGUGGUCAAAGAUCUGGUGCCUGACAUGAGCAACUUCUAUGCUCAGUACAAAUCCAUUGAGCCCUACCUGAAAAAGAAGGAUGAAACUCAGGAAGGGAAGUCGCAGUAUUUCCAGUCGGUGGAGGACAGACAGAAACUGGACGGUCUGUACGAGUGCAUCCUGUGUGCUUGCUGCAGCACCAGCUGUCCCAGCUACUGGUGGAAUGGAGACAAAUACCUGGGACCUGCUGUCCUCAUGCAGGCGUACCGCUGGAUGAUUGACUCCCGUGAUGAGUUCACUGAGGAGCGUCUGUCGAAGCUUCAGGACCCCUUCUCUCUCUACCGCUGCCACACGAUCAUGAACUGCACUAAAACUUGCCCCAAGGGACUGAAUCCAGGAAAGGCCAUAGCAGAAAUCAAGAAAAUGAUGGCGACUUACAAAGAGAAGAAAGCAGCAGCUUCAUGAAGGCACAAGAUCAACUAAUUAUAUCGUGACCUGAGUUAAGAGGAAGAGGAGAGCCAACAAGGACAAUUUUCUUCAGUCAGCACUUUUUAAGAUUAUCAUGAGUAUUUGAGGAGUGAGUGGGAUCGUAUAAGGGAGAUGGAGAAAGGCUGUAAGACGAGGGUGCUGGACAGAACUGUAAGCUUUAUCAUUUAAAUGACGCAACAUGUUGGACCACAUUUCAGCUGCAUAAUGAAGAUACUAGGCUUUGCUGUAUUUAUUCAUUAACUCAUCAACUUGUACCCAGACUGUAAAUAUUUAAAUAUAUGUUCAUUAAAAAUGUGCUGUGUUGCUUUGAGAUGA